GAAAGAGAGAGAAAGAGAGAAAAGAAAAGUGGAGGAGAGAUGGGCAUUCGUUUGCUGUCUUCGUGAUUUUCUCCUCCUUCCUCCCCCACCCACACCCGAUUUUUAUUUCUUUCGACCGCUGCGAGGAAUCGAAAGGAGAGAGAGAGAGAGAGAGAGAGAGAGAGAGAGAGAGAGAGAGAGAGAGGACCUAAAUUUGAUUUUUCCCCGGAGGUCGUCGGAUUCUGAAUUGUCGGGUUUUCAAUUUGUUCUGGACGAAUCGGUGAUCCAAUAGAGGGUUUCAUUGCUCUUGUUGAUGACCUCGGGCGUGAAUCGGGGAAGGUGGGGUUGAAUUCUGCGGUGAUUCGAUAUGUGGAUGGGGCAAAGAAGAAAUGCUAAUCUCGCAGAAUCGUAACACCGAUCUCUGGAACGGGGAAGAUAGCAGAAUCGAAGGCGGGAAAGGAUGGAGGUUGAUUCGUCGAUGGUGCCAGAGACCGAUCAUGAUCAUGGGCAGAAUCACGACCCUGGAGCGAUCUCUUCUAUGGAUGGCAGCAGACACGGAGAACAGCUGGGUGGGCCCGAGGAGUCUGCGGCUCCUGUGACUCCACUUGCGCAGACGCAGCAGUCUCAGGUGCAGCAGCAGCAGCAGUCUCAGCCCCAGCCCCAGCCGCAGUCGCCUCAGGUGCAGCAAGCUUCGGUUGCCGGGCCGAGGCCUGCUCCAACGUACUCGGUUGUCGAGGCGAUCAUUGAGAAGAAGGAAGACGGGCCAGGGUCUAGGUGCGGUCACACGUUGACCGCAAUUGCUGCCGUUGGGGAAGAAGGGACACCUGGAUACAUCGGACCUCGGCUUAUCUUAUUCGGUGGUGCCACUGCUCUGGAAGGCAACGCUGCAGCUUCUGGACCUCCGUCUUCUGCUGGAAGUGCUGGCAUCCGACUAGCCGGUGCUACUGCUGAUGUUCACUGUUAUGAUGUUAUCUCGAACAAAUGGUCUAGGCUUACUCCUCUUGGAGAACCACCCUCACCAAGGGCGGCACAUGUAGCAACUGCUGUGGGUACAAUGGUAGUAAUUCAGGGUGGCAUUGGUCCAGCUGGUCUGUCUGCAGAGGAUCUUCAUGUUCUAGACCUUACACAGCAACGACCUAGAUGGCACAGAGUUGUCGUCCAAGGCCCUGGCCCUGGGCCACGUUAUGGACAUGUUAUGGCUCUUGUUGGGCAAAGGUUUCUCCUGGCGAUUGGUGGAAAUGAUGGAAAACGACCUUUAGCUGAUGUUUGGGCCCUAGACACAGCUGCGAAGCCUUAUGAGUGGCGGAAACUGGAACCAGAAGGGGAAGGUCCACCUCCGUGCAUGUAUGCAACAGCAAGUGCACGCUCUGAUGGCCUUCUUCUGCUCUGUGGUGGGAGAGAUGCAAACAGUGUGCCAUUAGCUCAAGCAUAUGGUCUUGCCAAACACAGGGAUGGUCGUUGGGAAUGGGCCAUAGCACCGGGUGUCUCACCAUCACCUAGAUAUCAACAUGCAGCAGUUUUUGUUAAUGCGCGGCUUCAUGUAUCUGGAGGGGCACUUGGUGGUGGCCGCAUGGUAGAAGACUCAUCAAGUGUAGCAGUGUUGGAUACUGCAGCAGGAGUCUGGUGUGACACAAAAUCUGUUGUUACAAGUCCUAGGACAGGUAGAUAUAGUGCUGAUGCAGCUGGUGGAGAUGCUGCAGUUGAAUUGACGAGGCGUUGUAGGCAUGCAGCUGCUGCUGUUGGUGACUUGAUUUUUAUUUACGGAGGUCUACGUGGUGGGGUAUUGCUAGACGAUCUGCUUGUUGCUGAAGAUCUGGCUGCUGCUGAGACAACAAGUGCAGCUUCACAUGCUGCAGCAGCAGCUGCUGCGGCCAAUGUACAAGCAGGGAGAGUAACUGGAAGGUAUUCAUUUGUUGAUGAUAGAACAAGACAAGCCAUUCCUGAAACAGUUCCUGAUGGUGCAGUUGUAUUGGGUACUCCUGUUGCUCCUCCUGUAAAUGGGGAUAUGUAUACAGAUAUAAGCACGGAAAAUGCUAUGCUUCAGGGACCAAGGAGACUGAGCAAAGGUGUUGAGUACUUGGUUGAGGCCUCAGCAGCAGAAGCUGAAGCUAUUAGUGCUGCAUUAGCUGCUGCCAAAGCACGUCAAGUUAAUGGAGAAGUUGAGCAAAUGCCAGACACGGAUCAGGAGGCAGAAGAGACACCGAGUGGAAAACAGAUAUCUACACUGAUUAAAAUGCCUGAUGCUGCUUUAUCAAAUAAUAUACCUGUUCCUGGAGUUCGACUACAUCAUAGAGCUGUGGUUGUAGCUGCUGAGACUGGAGGUGCUUUAGGUGGUAUGGUCAGGCAACUUUCAAUUGAUCAGUUUGAGAAUGAAGGCAGGCGAGUUAGUUAUGGCACUCCCGAGAAUGCAACUGCAGCUAGAAAAUUAUUAGAUAGGCAGAUGUCUAUCAAUAGUGUGCCUAAGAAGGUGAUAGAACAUCUAUUGAAGCCUCGUGGUUGGAAGCCUCCUGUCCGUAGGCAAUUUUUCUUAGAUUGCAAUGAGAUAGCAGAUCUUUGUGAUAGUGCAGAACGAAUUUUUUCUAAUGAACCUAGUGUGCUGCAAAUUAAGGCUCCUGUCAAGAUUUUUGGUGAUUUGCAUGGGCAAUUUGGGGAUCUAAUGCGCCUUUUUGAUGAAUAUGGUGCUCCUUCAACUGCAGGAGAUAUAGCUUAUAUUGACUAUCUCUUUUUGGGAGAUUAUGUUGACCGGGGCCAACACAGCUUGGAAACUAUAACUCUUCUGCUUGCAUUGAAGGUUGAGCAUCCCCAUCAGGUACAUCUAAUCCGUGGGAAUCAUGAGGCUGCUGAUAUAAAUGCUCUAUUUGGCUUUCGUAUUGAGUGCAUUGAACGAAUGGGUGAGCGGGAUGGCAUCUGGGCUUGGCAUCGCAUAAAUCGGUUAUUUAAUUGGCUUCCUCUAGCAGCCCUCAUUGAAAAGAAAAUUAUUUGUAUGCAUGGUGGCAUUGGCCGGUCUAUAAAUCAUAUAGAACAAAUUGAAAACCUUCAGCGCCCAAUCACAAUGGAAGCAGGCUCAGUUGUUCUUAUGGAUCUGCUAUGGUCAGACCCAACAGAAAAUGAUAGCGUUGAAGGAUUACGACCGAAUGCUAGAGGUCCAGGCUUGGUUACUUUUGGGCCUGAUCGUGUAAUGGAGUUCUGCAACAACAAUGACCUCCAGUUGAUUGUACGUGCACAUGAAUGUGUGAUGGAUGGCUUUGAGCGUUUUGCCCAAGGGCAUUUGAUUACUCUUUUUUCAGCUACCAAUUAUUGUGGUACUGCAAAUAAUGCAGGGGCCAUCUUAGUUUUAGGAAGAGACCUUGUGGUAGUACCAAAACUCAUCCACCCAUUACCACCAGCAAUCGCAACACCACAAACAUCACCAGAACACCAUAUAGAGGAUACAUGGAUGCAGGAGCUUAAUGCUAACAGACCACCAACACCAACCAGAGGCCGUCCUCAAGUUGCAAGCGAUCGGGGUUCUCUUGCCUGGAUUUAAGAUAAGCUUCAGAUUUUUUAUAUUCUUUGAAGGGCGUAGGCCCCCAAGACUUGUGUCAUCAGCUGGGGUUUCUGGUGAUUGUCUUGUACAAAACCUGGCGGUUUAACAGGAAUUCUCAAGCAUGUGAUAUUGUCCCUGAAUCACGUUUGAAGAUUUCCACACAACACAAGAACCCAUGGUUUCCUGACACAAGAGACUGGAGGGUCGGGGUUCAUCAAGGCUACAACUUAGAAAAGAAAGGCCAAAUUGCAGGUGGUGGGAUUGGUUAGCGAUUCUUCCUAUCAAAGUUAACUGCUGCACGCGUUCCCCUGAGGGUCGCCUCCUUGUAUAUUGAGUCCAUAGGCAGGUAGCCAUUUAAGUUACAGUCGUUUCUCCCGCGGGAGUGGUAGUAAUGCGUUUGUCUCAUUAGUUAAUUAUUCUUUUUGGUGUUCUUUUCCUCCACAUUUUAACCUUUUUUUCCCCAAGUGGACUUUGGGUCUCAAGAUGUGAUGGUGAGAAAAUAUGAUAUAUGAAUGAUACAUACAUAUAUAUAUAUAGACUCUGGGCAUCCAUGUAUAAUAGUGGUGUUGUUGGGUACAUUUACAGUGCCUUGUAAUUUCUUUUGUUGUUUAUACAAUGUAACGUUUUUUUUUUUUUUGUGAAGAGAAGAGGUUUUUUU